AUGGAUAGCACUCAACCCCCCCUCCUGUUGCAGCAUCCCGGUGUUAUAGAUUUAAGAGAUCAAACGCCCUCUUUGCGAGCGGGUGGGUCGCUGCGUUUCUUUCUAUACACUUUCUUUGCUCUCUAUAAUUGUGUUGCUAUUUAUUCCCCGUCCCAUUGUUGUUGGUGCUCGUUGCUGGACAUAGAGACAUUCGUUUCACCUGACUACUAACACUCGUUCGAUCUUGUUCAUCGCUUUCGCUGUAUACUUUCUCUCUCUCUGUCUCUUCAACAUCAUCAUCUUCUUCCUCGUCCUCAGUCUCCUUGUCGUAAGGUUUCUUGACCAUUGAAGGAUAUCAGCCAUUUCUGUCUCAGCCAUCUCUGUCUCUACAUAGCACCACAAGACUCUAUCUACUUUCACUCAGUCACUUCGCAUAUCUCUUCGCCAUGAGGGCCAUAGCCUCGGUCUCUCUUCUGGCUCUCGUCGGCUUGGCCCAAGGGUCAGGUGUGUGGUGGAACACCGACGAGAGCUUCACCAGCCCUGAUAACACCAAAACGACCUGUUCGGAGCAGCAGCAAGCCGGCUUUGACUGGUCCGACCUGGCUGUCGGAUCCUCUCCGAGCUAUGCGGGCUUCGAGUUCUCGGGCUUCUCCGUGAGCAACAACUUCAGCACGACCUCCAGCGCCAAAUCCAUCGUGGGAAGGCUCACCAAGGAUAGCUCGUCGGCUCCUGAGAUAUCCUCUGCAUCAGAGAGUCAAGACUUCUCCGUUAAUGACUUCCAGCUUGCCACCUCCCGCAACGCUGACAUCCACAUCGUUUAUGGCAUGGCUGAUGGUACCACCUGCAAUACGUUUGCUUCUAUCUCCGCCAAAGGGACUACUGUCGCCAAUGACCAGUGCGGCGGUGCCACCUCGGUGAGCUUUCUACUGGCCGAUGAUGCGAAUGUCGAUCUCUGCUUGUUGAGUGUGUAUAGGAUUGGAUUCGACUGCUCUUCUGGGAAGGCGUCAACAGCAUCCAAUUCCUCCGACACUGCGUCUGGGCUCAAUGCGAGAGCUUACUCCGUGCCGCUCAUUCGAAAGGAUCGGACUACUCCCGCAGCCGUCGUGACUCCUGCCCCAGAGGCGCCGACCAACAACCUGGCGACAUCGACGUACUAUAUCACCAGUGAAAUUGUGAUUACCAGCUGUGGCCCUUCGGUAACUAAUUGUCCGGCAGACUCUACCACGGUGAUCACGUCAACGAUUCCCAUAUCUACUGCUGUUCACUCUGCCACAGAGACCUCUGCAGAUGAGUCUUCGACGGAGAGCGUCCCAGACGUGCCAGAUGUUACCUCCACCAGCAGUGUGGAGUCUAGUAUCGCUGUCCCUACUCCCACUUCUUCAAGCGAAACCGUCCCCGUCGACACGUCUUCUGGCACGACUACACCGACUGCCACGCCUUCUAGCAGCGCGGUCCACAGCUUCACGCACUCCAGCGAAGCCGUCCCAACUGCCACGCCGUCCAGCAGCACAUCUAGCUUUACGCACUCAAGUAGCGCGCUUUCCAAUACCCUUCCAUCUGGAAGCUCUCCUGUGGAGUUGACCUCUUCUCAGUUGAUACACACGUCUACGUCCGCACCUGUCAUGACGCCAGGGCCUAGCUCCCCUGCUCCGGCUGCGGACAAGGUCACUGUGAUCACCUGGGUCACGGUAACAAGCUGUCCGGUGACUUCGACGGGUACCGUCAGUGGAACUCUGACCACUUCUGUGGGCACUACUCUUUCUACGGUGACCAUGACUUCAACCUCGACUAUCUGCACCAAAUGCAUUGCCCCAACCAGCGUUCCGUCAGGAGUGGCGCCCAUCUCCUCCGGUCCUAUUCCUUCUGCUCCCGUCACUACACCAGGGCCCAGUGUACUUGCCUCAAGCGUGGACCAGACUACAUUGAUCACCUGGGUGACUGUCACAAGUUGCCCGGUCACUUCCACGGGGACUGUGAGCGGCAAGUUGACUACUUCAGUGGGCACGACACUAUCUACAGUGACCAUGACCUCAACGUCGACCAUUUGCACCAAAUGUAUUGCACCAACAAGUGUUCCGUCGGGCGUGGCGCCCAGCUCCUCGGGUCCUGUUUCGUCUGGUCCUAUACCAUCCGCUCCCGUCACCACACCAAGUGUGCCUGUCUCGAGCGUGGAUAAGACCACAGUGAUCACUUGGGUAACCGUGACAAGCUGCCCGGUCACCUCCACAGGGACUGUAAGCGGCAAAUUGACCACGUCGGUGGGCACAACACUGUCUACAGUGACCAUGACCUCAACAUCGACCAUCUGCACCAAAUGCAUUGCCCCUUCUACCACGGCUCCUUCAGGCGUUGCUCCAAUCUCUACGGCCCCAGUUUCAUCCUCUCCUGCCAACACUCCAGGCUCAAGCGUGCCCAUCUCGAGUGUAGACAAGACGACCGUCGUCACUUAUGUCACGCUGACUACAUGCCCCGUAACAGCUACGGUUUCUGAAGGUGGCUCUGUGAGCACUUCGGUAGGAACGACAGUGUCGACUGUGACGUUGACGUCCACUUCGACUAUCUGUACGAGGUGCAUUGCUCCGACCUCGGUCCCGUCGUCGAUUCCUACUGAGACUCCGACUUCGCUCUCUACGUCGCUCACAUUGCCUCUUCCGUCUUCUGUGGCGCCUAUUUCAUCCGGUCCUAUUUCUUCUGUCACUGGUGUUGUCACUGGCUCGGUCACUGACUCGGUCACUGGGUCUGCUACUGGGUCUGUUACUGGGUCUGCUACUGGCUCGGUCACUGACUCGGUCACUGGGUCUGCUACUGGGUCUGCUACUGGGUCUGCUACUGGCUCGGUCACUGACUCGGUCACUGGGUCUGCUACCUCUGGAGCUGUUACUUCGGCUUCCAUCCCAUCGGGUCCUAUCUCAUCUGGUCCCAUUCCAACAGGACCCGCGCCAUCGGGCUCUGCCCCCAUCACCAGCGUGGAUAAGACUACUGUUGUCACAUAUACCACAGUGACUACUUGUCCUGUGACAUCGACAGUCUCGGAAGGAGGAUCUGUAUCUACAUCGGUUGGAACUACAGUUUCAACUGUCACACUUACGUCAACCUCAACUAUCUGUACCAGGUGUAUUGCGACAACAACCCCCUCUGGUGUGGCACCCAUCUCCUCCGGACCGAUCUCAUCGGGCCCUGCUCCGUCAGGCCCCGUCCCUGUCACUAGUCUGGACAAAACUACUGUAGUUACAUAUGUCACUGUUACCACUUGCCCUGUGACCUCGACGGUCUCAGAAGGAGGUUCCGUGAGCACAUCGGUAGGAACUACUGUUUCGACUGUCACCCUAACCUCGGUGUCAACCAUCUGCACCAAAUGCAUUGCUACAACAGUCCCCUCCGCUGUGGCUCCUGUCACAUCUGGGCCCGUUGCAACAACUACUUCAAGUGUGGACAAGACCACAGUCGUCACAAUCACCUCGGUAUCCACCAGCCCUGUGACCACUACAGUCUCGGCCGGCGGGACUGUCUCUACUUCGGUGGGCUCCACUGAGUCAACAAUCACUAUUACAUCGGUGUCAACCAUCUGUACCAAGUGUAUUGCGCCUACAACAGUCCCCUCAGCAGUAGCUCCUGUUACGUCGGGUGCCAUUUCGUCGACCCUUUCAAGUGUGGACAGGACCACGAUUGUCACGAUUACCUCUGUCUCUACCAGCCCCGUGACAACUACUAUCUCUGCGGGUGGCACUGUAUCUACCUCGGUGGGCUCCACUGAAUCGACUGUAUUUAUCACCUCGACUUCAACCAUUUGCACGAGAUGCAUUGCCCCCACGCCAGUUCCAUCGGUCACAUCGCCUGUUUCCUCGGAGUUGCAGAGCACAACCACAGUAGUCACCUGGGAGACUUUGACAACUUGCCCGGUCACCACGGUCAUCACCUCGGGUGGUAUUCCUGUCACAUCUGUCACAAGUACUAUCUCGACGGUGACUCUGACCUCGGUUUCCACCAUCGCAACAUCUGUUGCAGUCAGUGUUUCCCCAGCCCCAACUUCUGUCGCAACUGGCUCCCCUUCCAUGCCAACAGCCGGUGUUUCCACUGUGACCGUGACCACCUCAACUGGUGCUCCUUCUGUUCCCACAGGUGUCCUGCCCGUCUCUUCUCAAUCUCAGAUUACAACUGGGCCCGCUCCCACCGUGACGUCUGUCAUUUCCUCCGGUGGUCUUCCGGGCCCUACAGGUGUCUCUCCUGUUUCCUCUGAGCUUGAGAGCACGACCACAGUCGUCACUUGGCAAACAUUGACCACCUGCCCAGUGACUACCGUCAUUACUUCAGGUGGUAUUCCGGUCACUUCUGUCACUAGCACAGUCUCAACCGUGGUUUUGACCUCGGUCUCAACGAUCUGCCCUAAGUGUUCGGCCACUCCAACCGCUGUGGCUCCUGUCACGUCUGUUGAGAGCGCAACCACGGUGGUGACAUGGCAAACCGUAACAACAUGCCCCGUGACAACCGUGAUCACCUCCGGUGGACAGCCGAUUACUUCGGUAUCCAGCACUGUGUCCACAAUCACAAUGGUCGCAACAUCAACCAUCGCAAGGACUGUCGUUGUUCCCACAGGAGUUGCCCCCGCUACCGGGGUGUCCUCACCGGCGCCCUCUGCCUCGUGUCCCAGCGUAGUUCCCAAAUGCAUCAACACCUGGCUCGAACUGGUCCCCAAGUGCACCUCGAACAGCGACACGAGCUGCUACUGCCCCUCGGCCAAAUUCACCAAGAAGGUGAUUGAAUGCAUUCAAGCGUGGGGCUCCUCCUCGACGGAAGUUCAAGCCGGCCUCUCAUGCUUCACCGGCGUCUGUGCCGCCUGGGUGCCCCAGAACCCCGGCAUUGUCACGAAUAUCCCGUCCAGCAUCACGCUAGGCCCAACCCUCGUCCCCAGCGGCGUCGCGCCCGUCAGCGGCCAGGCCACCCAUACUGAUACCAGUGUCAGGCUGACCAGCGGACCUGCCGGUGCUCCCUCAGUUCCCUGCACCACAAUCACCUACUCCACCUGGACAGUGACCGUUCCGCAAGUUGUCUUCACAACUACCACAGCCAGCUCGCAGACAACCAUCGGGCUGAUUCCCGGGGGCGGUUCCCCAACGUCGACUCGGUUGCCGAACCCCUGGUUCCCUUCUUCCUCGGCCUGGAUCUCCCGUUCAGGCACCCCAACUCCGACUCCGACCCCGUCGCCGAGCUACACGCCCUUGUGGUCGAAUACCGGUGCAACGCUGGGUGUAUCUUGGACGUGGUGGUUGGCUGUUGUUCUGGCCACGAUCGUAGGUUUGGUCUAGUCCAGUUACUGUUUCAUAAUCAUGUUUAGUAAAAUAGGAGCGCAAACAAAACUGGCAGGGCUUCUUCCCCAUUGAAUUUGGUGGUCACUGUUUUCUUUUCGUUUUCAGUUUGAAUCAGGAAACAAUUUAGUCCAAGACAACCAAUGUACUUUAGCUUUGGUUUCUAUUCUGCACUCAUAAUUCAUUAGUGUGUAAUACUUCAUCUACUCUUCUCGCAGUUGAUGGGCU